AUGGCCUUACAAGUGUACCAGCGGUAUGAAAUUGUCUUUUUAUCUCAACAUCCGCUGGGACCGAAGCUCAGCCAUAUGGCUGUAGCGAAGGCAGUUCAUUGUGACGAAAAGACGGUGAAACGUUGGCUCAAGCGGUGGAAGCAAUCAAAAGAUUUGACCGAUGCAGCUCGAUCUGGACGAUCACGUGUAACAACUCCAAAACAGGAUCAAAAAAUUGUUGCACUUGCUGAACAACAAACGUUCGUCACAAGUCAAGACAUCACGAACCAGUUGAACAAAAAGGGAGUCGAGAUCAGCCAGAGAACGGUACGACGACGCUUGAACGAAGCGGGAGCGAAAUAUAAUCAACCUUUGUCAAAGCCACUACUCACCGAAAACCACCGAGAGAAACGUUUAAAAUGGGCUGAAGAUCAGAGAACUACGGAUUGGAACCAAGUGAUCUUUUCUGACGAGACCACCAUUCGUAUGAAUUCUGUCAAAGGACUGGUUUGGAACUUGCCUGGAAAAAAGAAGGUUGUGCGAACUGUCAAGCAUCCUAUCAAGGUCAAUGUUUGGGGUUGCUUUUCAGCUCGAGGUUUUGGUCGCGUCGUAUGUUUCAAGGAGAACCUAAAUGCGGAUUUAAUGUGUCAUAUUUACAAGUAUGGCCUCUUACCUACAGCACGGAAACAAUUUGGUUAUGAUUCAACGUUGUGGAAAUUACAGGAAGAUAAUGACCCCAAACACACAUCAAAACUGGCAACCAAUUGGAGAAUCAAUAAUAAUGUCCCCAAAAUUGAUUGGCCGUCAAUGUCUCCCGAUAUUGCACCCAUAGAAAAUGUUUGGCAACUUCUCAAAAUGAAAUUAAGAAAGAAAAAACUACCAACUUAUCAAUCUUUAGUUUCGGCAAUAAGACGAGAAUGGAAGUCCUUAUCACCAGCAUUGGCUAUUAAACUUGUACAUAGUAUGAACAAUCGAAUUUCUGAAGUUAUUGAAAAUGAUGGAGACUUUGUAUUACAUUGA